GUCAGACAGCAGUAGGUGCUUCGGAAGGUGCCGCAGAGGACUGACGGGAUCACAUCAGAGGCGCUUAUAGCAGCGGAGGCUCAAACAGGAUGGCCAGCUCAACGCGUAUCUUCUGCAGUAUGGUUUUCAUCAUCGGGCUGCUCUCCUCUCUCGCGGAUUCCAAAAGAAACCGAGGUUCACAAGGCGCCAUCCCUCACCCUGACAAGAGCAACCGGAACCAAUCGGAGCAGCAAACUCAGCCUCCGCAGGCGGGCUCCGGGUCGUCCCGGCAGAGGCAGGGCUCCUCCACGCCGGCCGACGAGGUGCUGGAGUCCAGCCAGGAAGCGCUGCACGUGACGGAGCGCCAGUAUUUGAAACGGGACUGGUGCAAGACGCAGCCGCUCAAGCAGACCAUCCACGAGGAGGGCUGCGUCAGCCGCACCAUCAUCAACCGCUUCUGCUACGGGCAGUGCAACUCCUUCUACAUCCCCAGGCACAUCCGCAAGGAGGAGGGGGCCUUCCAGUCCUGCUCGUUUUGCAAGCCGAAGCGGUUCACCACCAUGACCUUCACUCUGAACUGUCCGGACCAGCAGCCGCCCACCAAGAAGAAACGCAUCCAGCGCGUCAAACAGUGCCGCUGCAUCUCCAUCGACCUGGACUAAAUACACGUGUGUGUGUGUGUGUGUGUGUGUGUGUGUGUGUGUGGUUUUUCUGAGCCGUAAUCCUCGCGGACAGGAUUGUCACACGUGGCUGUCACCCCCAUCUAGCAGGAAUCGGUCCGUGAAGGCGUCUUACGUUCUUCUGUAGGCUACGAUGACUCUCUUCUUGCACAAAGUGUGAACACAUAUGGACAUGCAAUUUAUAAAGCGACGUUGAGCCGCUCAGCGAACAUUGUACUCCUCACCAGUUAGACAACGUUUUGAAGACAAGCAUCACUGCACGGGAACGCGGACUUGGAGCGGGCACGCGGACUUGGAGCGGGCACGUUUUACGCACGGCUGUGCUCCCCUCCAGAGGACCAUAACAGUUUAUUUAAUACAUCAAGGCGCUUAUUGCGACAGGAAAACA